GACGACUAUAAUCAAGAAAAGUUGUGUCAUAAAAGAUAAUGCAGUGUGUGCAGCUGACACUUCAGAUUCUGCUUCAACACCUAGGACUGUGACUAUGAAACAAAGAAGUCGAGGUUCGCCAAUCAAUGCAGCAAUGCUAUGUUCCCACGAUGGCUGUCUGGAGCCAAGUAUGAGAUCUACACCAAACAAACCACCGUUAUGUAGAACCCAUCGAUUGAAGGCGUACAAGGAGAAGUACAAGAAGAAGAAAGAAAUGGAGGCUGUGACGGCAAAACUUGAGGCAAAAAUCAAAGAGGGGCUUGAAAUGACAGUAGUGCCACCUAGUGACCUCAAUGAGGAAUCGCCAGAUACACUGGUACUUAGUCCAUCCUUGUUGGAACAAGUCCUCAAUGAGAAGAAACAGUCUCUACUCCUGUCCCCUGAUGUCAUCACUUUCCUGCGAGUGAAACAAGAUAAAUUUAGAAACUCCUCAACUACUAAGAAAAGUUGAUGACUCUGAAGCAACUGUUAAAAACCCUCCUUGAGGUAAAAAAUUGCAUUGCCAACAGGACAAUAAAAGUUUACAUGCACGUUUUUGUUUAGCUAACCAACAAAUAUAACUGGAUGUGUGAUUCCUGACAUGUAAUCCUAUAAACCUCUAGCAUUCCAUCAUCUUACAUUGCUAUGAAAUAGUAGUAGUACAACUAUGGAUGAUCACGCCAUGUGAGAAAGGUUUAGCAUCAUCAGUUUAGAUAGAAAAUGAUUGAAAAUGUUAACCAGUUAUAAAGACCCUGCACUGAAUUAGUAGGUUAUUAUAUAUACGAUAGCUAUAUAUAAGCUAUCCAUAUGGACUUGCACUAUAUGAUCUGUCAGUGGUGGUGUCAACAUGGUUGCGAGCUGUUGUUGUUAUAAUACAUCAAUGUCACGAAUUUGCCCUCCAUAUUUCUACAUAUUUUGCCAAGUGGGCAGCAUGCAGUUAGAGAAUAAGGUUAUAUUUAACGACAAGAUGUAAAUAAUUAUGAUGUUUGCUUUGUGGAAAAUAAUGUACAUACAUAUACACGACACCAGGUAGAUAUAAUGGAGAUGAACGUGAGAAAUUAUCAAAAAAAUAAAUUCCAUUUUUAUUCUGUCAUCAAAAUUGCAACUGUAGAUUAUUUGAAUAUGAUCAUAGAACAUAAAAGUGCCAAGUAAUGUAUAUAAUUACUUGUUUAUACAUAUCGUUAUGUCUAUACGAGUCUACACUUGCAACUAGAUGAACGUACUCCUAUUAGCCAAAGAUUGUGAACGUUGCUUUGUAUUGUCUUAAUUUAGCUUGUAUUAAACUAUAUACCAAGUAAUAAUUUACUUGUGGUUAUCAACUAUUAAA